AUAAAUCCCUUUCUUCAUUCAACUAUUUCUCUCUGUUCCGCUCCCUCAAACCAAAAACACUUCUGCCCGCUCCCAAAGGUAAGAUUCUAAUCAUCCUCACUGCUUAAAUCGCUAUGCCCAUUCUCUCCUCCAACUACCAUUGGAUCCUUUCUCUAAAGAUCCUUUUAAUCUCUACUGGCCUUCUAUCCAUGGCCCUCUUCCUCAAGCUCUCUGUUCCACUGCUCGCCGAUUUCGUAUUCUCUGAAAUCCCUUCCAUCUGGACCUCCUUCCUCUCCUGGUUAACUCCUCCUUAUCUUUAUUUGCUUAUUAAUUGCAUAAUCAUCAGUAUUGUUGCCUCUUCUAAGCUCCAGUCCAAUCUCGAGAAUGAUCCCAUUCCGGAAACACCCGCUCCUCCUCCGGUCACUAAGAUCUCCUCUGACUACGCUGUGUGUGGUAGUAGCGACAUUUUGAAUGGAUACAGUAGUUACAACGCGAAUCAGAACGUGGUGACGAAGGUUUCGGACCUUGAGAUCGAUGAUUCCAACGAGGUGUACGGACGGAUUGAAGAAUCUAGGGUUUCUGAGAUGGAGAAGAAAGGGGAGAAUGAUUCUAUGAUUGCGAUGAAAGGUGGUGAUGAGAGUAGUGUAUUGAGCUCGAUCACCAACACUUUGCCAAGAAAAGAUUCAAUCGGAGUUCUGUUCUCAAACAAGGAGGAGAAACCGCCGGUUUCUUCAAGAUUUGGCCAACGGAAAUUCGUGAAAUCCAGUCCUGAAGGAAAGCCGUUGGGAGUUUCAAAACCGAAGCGGCAGGACACACUGGAGAACACGUGGCGGAAGAUAACGGAAGGAAGGUCCAUGCCGUUAACCAGGCACUUAAGGAAAUCCGACACGUGGGAGUCCCACGGGCGAAAGGCCCCCACUAUGGUGGUGGAGGACCCUGCGACACCGCCGUCGAAGGUGAUGAAGAAGUCUGAGACGUUCAAGGAAGGAAGGGGCGGUGGUUCGCCGGGGGGGUCAGGGAGGAUGAAGAGAGAAGCGUCGCCGAGCCAGGACGAGUUGAACCGACGAGUUGAGGCGUUCAUCAAGAAGUUUAACGACGAGAUGAGGUUGCAAAGACAAGAAUCGCUGAAGCAGUACCAGGAGAUGGUGGGCCGUGGUGGAGCCCAAAGCUUUUGAAUAAGAAUAAGAGCUUUUUGGGCCGACUAAAAAACUGCUUUUUUCUAGGGCCUUUUUUAACGUAGUGUAGUUGUGUGUCUAGUAAACACAAGAAAAGGAUAAAGGAAUAUUCAUAGGGGGGGGGGGGGGGGGGGGGGCUCUUUUUAAUUUGUUUGUGUGGGAAAUUCAACUAUUUCCUUUUUUUUUUAUUACAAAUAGAUAGAUUAGUUGGGGAAUUAAGGAUUUGAGUUUUAGUUUCUUUUUCUUUUUCUUUUUUAAUAGUGUUUUAAAUUUCUGUAGUUGGUACACAUUUGAACUUGGUGUUCCUUUUAGGUGAUGUUUAUAUUAAAAUUCAAUUUGUUUUUUCUUUUCUUUUUUA